UGCCCAAAAUCUGGAAGCUCGUGUGUCUCCUCCAAAUAAAAAAUACCUUUCUGAAAAUGAUGAAGAAGAGCUAGAGGAAAAUCCACAGACAAAAGUCACAACACCAUUUUCUGAGUUAUUAGUUAAUAUAGAAGAAAAUGAAAUUGAUUUGAUUGAUUUAUUAGAGAAGUACUGUAAAAAACCAACCACUAAAAAAUACAACUUGGCUCAUAGUUAUAUUCUAGACUUAUCAAAUACAUUAUCAAUUUCACUUUCAAAUAUUAAACAAGAGUUUAAUCAGCAAGCAUGGCAAGAUCUUAAAAAUCCAAUCAACCUUGAAGAAGCUUGUGAAAGGUGGAUAGCCUUAAGAUCAUUAAGUGCACCCACACAUAAUAGCAACUUUUCAUAUGAAAAAAGUGAUUGGAACCAAAUUAUUUUUUGGGUUGAAUGUGCAAUUGGGUAUUAUCUUGAUGCAUUUGAAGCAGAAGCAAAUCCUAUACUACAGACAAAUUGUGGUGAGCGUGAGUGGUCUGGAGAAUACAUUUACCCAAUUUUCAAAGGUGCUUUUACAUUAAAUCGAUUUUGCAGAGUACCAUGUGGAGAAGUAACUUCCAAAACCAGCCAAGAACGAAAGAAUUUAUCAGUUAAUGUUAUGGAAUAA